AUGGCCCAUUCGCCGUCAUCGUCGUCGGUCGACGACCCCGCCGACAACACCGCCGACGAGGAGGAUUCCGAGGACUACUGCAAGGGCGGCUACCACCCCGUCCAGAUCGGCGAGAAGUUCAAGGACGGCAAGUACACGGUCGUGCGCAAGCUUGGAUGGGGGCACUUUUCCACCGUCUGGCUCUCCCGCGACAACAACAACGGCAAGCACGUUGCCCUCAAGGUCGUCCGCUCCGCCGCCCACUACACCGAGACCGCCAUCGACGAGAUCAAGCUCCUCAAUAAGAUUGUCCAGGCCAAACCCGACCAUCCCGGCCGUAAGCACGUCGUCAGCCUCCUCGACUCCUUCGAGCACAAGGGCCCCAACGGCACCCACGUCUGCAUGGUCUUUGAGGUCCUCGGCGAGAACCUGCUCGGCCUCAUCAAGCGCUGGAACCACCGCGGCAUCCCCAUGGCCCUCGUCAAGCAAAUCACCAAGCAGGUCCUCCUCGGCCUCGACUACCUCCAUCGCGAGUGCGGCAUCAUCCACACCGACCUCAAGCCCGAAAACGUCCUCAUCGAGAUUGGCGACGUCGAGCAGAUUGUCAAAAAGGUGGUCAAGAACGAGCCGGGCGACAAGGAAAACAACCGCAACGGCCGCCGGAGACGGCGGACCCUCAUCACCGGCAGCCAGCCCCUGCCGUCUCCCCUCAACGCCACCUUUAACCAGAACAACCUCUUUCCCUCCUCGGGCUCCCAGCCCAGCCUCGCCGGCGUCCUCAACGAGGGCACCACGAGCACAAAGGACUCAUCACCCAAGUCGGGCGACGAAUCGCAAAAGCAGCGGGAAAAGUCUGCUGACAUCCUCUCGCGCGAAGUAUCCGGCAUCUCGCUCGACAAGUCCAGCAGCUCGUCGGCCUCGACGGGCGACAAGCGCAAGGCCGAAGACCCGCACGCCUUUGACGUUAUCAGCGUCAAGAUUGCGGAUCUCGGAAACGCGUGCUGGACGAACCACCACUUCACAAAUGACAUCCAGACGAGGCAGUACCGGUCCCCCGAGGUCAUUCUCGGUGCUAAGUGGGGGGCCAGUACAGACGUCUGGAGCAUGGCUUGCAUGGUGUUUGAGCUCAUCACCGGCGACUACCUCUUCGAUCCCCAAUCGGGCACAAAGUACGGAAAAGACGACGACCACAUUGCGCAGAUCAUCGAGCUUCUCGGUCCGUUCCCCCGAUCGCUAUGCCUGAGCGGCAAGUGGAGUCAGGAGAUUUUCAACCGUAAGGGCGAGUUGCGUAACAUCCAUCGGCUGCGACACUGGGCGCUGCCCGACGUCUUGCGGGAAAAAUACCACUUCAAGGAGGACGAGGCCAAGCGCAUCUCCACCUUCUUGACGCCAAUGCUUGAGCUGGUGCCGGAGAAGCGGGCCAACGCCGGAGGCAUGGCGGGGCACGGCUGGCUCGAGGACACGCCGGGCAUGAAGGGCCUGCGGAUUGAGGGCCUCGAGGUCGGCGGUCGGGGCGAGGGCAUUGACGGGUGGGCGACGGAAGUACGGAAACGAUGA